AGGAUCGUGAAGGUUUUCUACGACCACAGAGUCCGUUAAAGGAGGAAGUUAAAAAACCUAGUAGAUGUUUUAAUAAGACGAGAGCCUGUCUGUCUCCAAGGAAACUAAACUCUCCAAAUCGUAAUGAAGAAACAGAACGUACGUACCCUCGUUCUCAUCAUGAGCAUCUUUACCUACCUGCUGGUCGGGGCAGCAGUCUUCGACACUCUGGAGUCGAAACAAGAGAGAAGCCAAAAGAGAAAGCUGGACGAGAGGAAGUGGGAGUUAAUACGAAAAUACAACUUGACCAAAGUGAACUUUGACGAGCUCGAAGUCGUGAUGCUGCAACUGAAACCGCACAAAGCCGGGGUGCAGUGGAAGUUCGCCGGGUCUUUCUACUUCGCUAUCACUGUGAUAACUACAAUAGGGUACGGCCAUGCUGCACCCAGCACGGACUCAGGGAAGGUGUUCUGCAUGUUCUACGCCCUCCUGGGGAUCCCCCUGACCCUUAUCAUGUUCCAGAGCAUGGGAGAACGCAUCAACACACUGGUCCGUUUCCUUUUCCAUCGGGUCAAGCAGUGUCUGGGCCUGCACCACACCGAGGUGUCCAUGGCCAACAUGGUGACCGUAGGCUUCUUCUCCUGCAUGUCAACGCUGUGUGUCGGGGCGGCAGCCUUCUCCCACUACGAGGGCUGGAGCUUCUUCCACGCCUACUACUACUGCUUCAUCACCCUGACCACCAUCGGCUUCGGGGACUACGUGGCGCUGCAGAAGGACCACGCCUUGCAGAACGACCCGCGCUACGUGGCCUUCUGCUUCGUAUACAUCUUGACGGGACUCACCGUGAUCGGCGCCUUCCUCAACCUGGUUGUGUUGAGGUUCCUGAUGAUGAACACAGAGGACGAACGGCGCGACGCCGAGCAGAAAGCCUUCCUCUCCACGAGGGGUGAGAAGAACGCCGACGGCGGUCUGUCUGCUGUUUCUGUCUCGGCCUCCACUUCCUCCUCCACUCCCCUAGCCACUACUACCGGCGGCACCAAGCGAGGCCCGAAGGAUGUGUACAACGAGGUGCUGGGCUUCCAGACAGUGUGUUCGUGUCUGUGGUACCGCAGCAGGGAGAAUCUGCAGGGCCAGGGAUCCAUCCCGAUGAUUAUAAACCGGGACCUGGGCUUCUCUGACCAAUACGUAGAGAACUGUACCAUGCUCUCCCCUCACUGGGACAUGAUGUCCUCUCACUACUGUGAGCCAGGUGAUACAGGGUGUGUAUGCAGCCCUAACCAGUGCAUCAGUUCCAUAGCCUCUGGCUUAAACUUCCUCACCCCAUUCAGGGCCUUCGCCAAGAGACGCAGCUCGGUCUAGAUCAGACCAAUUUCAAAUCUGGGACAUCAAAACCAGUUCCACUGCUGAUUUGAAUUCUUCCCUUCUAAUCAGGGAAUCAUUUAGACCUGGGACACCAGGUGGGUCAUUCCCCUCUAAUCAGGGAAUCAUUUAGACCUGGGACACCAGGUGGGUCAUUCCACUCUAAUUAGGGAAUCAUUUAGACCUGGGACACCAGGUGGGUGAUUCCACUCUAAUCAGGGAAUCAUUUAGACCUGGGACACCAGGUGGGUGAUUCCACCAGGCUGGGAUUUGAAGAUCCCUGGUCGAGACUCAGUUAUCAGGUCAGAUUCCUUUACGCACCAAACAGAGGAAAUCAGCCUGAAACUGGGAUAGACUAGCUGAUACUGGGAUUGACCACCUAAACUGGGAUAGACUACCUGAAACUGGGAUAGACUACCUGAAACUGGGAUAGACUACCUGAAACUGGGAUAGACUACCUGAAACUGGGAUAGACCACCUGAAACUGGGAUAGACCACCUGAAACUGGGAUAGACUACCUAAAACUGGGAUAGACCACCUGAAACUGGGAUAGACUACCUGAAACUGGGAUAGACUACCUGAAACUGGGAUAGACCACCUGGACUGGGACAAUAAGAAAUGCUUGUUUUCCCAUGCAAAACGUAUUGCUACUGUGUGCCCUAAUGAAUGUCCCAGUAGUAGGCUACUGUAGUACAUCUCCAUAGACACUGUGAUCAAUAGCCUAGUCUUGCACUUAUGUUCAGCUUGGCAUAAACUGACACUGGCUUUUAAUGCUGGACUCAUUCUGUUAUAUUUUACAAGAUCAUGGUCCUUGUGUGGCUCUGUUGGCAAGAGCGUGGUAGUAGACACACCGAAGUUGUCGGUUCAGUUCCUGUAGAGAUCAUAUACACAUGGUAAAAAAUGUCUGCUCUCACUGUAAAGACUGGAGAAGAGGUGUCUGCUCUCAUUGUAAAGACUGGAGAAGAGGUGUCUGCUCUCACUGUAAAGACUGGAGAAGAAGUGUCUGCUCUCACUGUAAAGACUGGAGAAGAAGUGUCUGC